GAAUUUGAUAACGACGCGGUAGUCGCGCGCUCGUGAUCGCUUCGUUCCGAGAGGUUGUUUCGCUGAUGGCGCGGAGUGCAUUUCCUGUUCGGUGGUUCCGCUCGUGAGGGCUAAGGUUUCGUCCGUUCGUAUCGAUCUUGAUCCUAUCGGAACGAAUUUCCUUUACCAGAGCACCGACAUAACGAUCUGCUACCACUAGUUAUACGUGUUUGGUUCCACGAAGAUUAUACAAAUCUUUCGAGCGACGCUUGUACAUUUCUAAACGGUGCGUCAACCUGUUGUAACCGUGUAACGCGGUCGUCUCCGAGGCGUGUAAACAGAAGUCUGUCGGGAGUCGUGACACGAGACGAAAGUGUCGUGGAGAGGUAGGACGAGCUAAACGGUUGUAACGCUUGUCAAACCGGUUUCUCGACGAGAAGAAACGCGGAUCUCUAGUACUGUUCCAUCGAGGGUAGAGGAGGCUGAAAACUGGAUCACGUUGCAACGGGGCUGCAGCCAAAGAUUCGUCGAUCUUCGGGUGAAAUGUCGCGGGAGGAAGGAGCUUGGAAAUUGAAGGGUGCGAGAGGAAGAAGAAUCGAAAGGCUGGAAGGGUGAAACCGAAGAGAAGAAAGGAAGCAAAGGAGAAGAAAAAGGGGCGUCACUGCAGGGAAUUCGAGGGUUGUGCGCGCCUCCGGCCAGAUACCACCGCUUGUAUAGAUCUAUAUGCAUAGGAAAGUCGCGGCGAUAGAAGUAGCCCGGACACGAUGGCGUGUAUCUGGGUCAUACAGCCGUCCUCUCUCUCGCGCGCGGGUGUGUACCCGCGUGUUAUCGGUGUCGCCGCUGGUUCUCCAUAAUUUUAGAAGAUUCGUUCGUCCAAACGAAAAGAAGAUAGGAUCGUGGACUGAUCGCGAGAACGAAUGCGCGUGGAAUUAAAAAGGAAGAAACGAGAGAAGGAGGAGCGCGCGUUGUUCUCCGUCUCGUCGACACGGUGCGUCGAUAUCCUCCCGUGGUGUUACAUCGCGAUUCGGGUCAAACAGCCAAAUCGCUAAGUUAACGAGUGAGUCGACCGUUAGUAUUUUUCGCUUCGUCAGCGCCUCUGUACGAAGAGGUGCAACGAGUAUCGAAUGCUCGUGGAAACGGGAAACAGGCAGCAUGCACGAAGCAUCGUAAAGAAGGAUCUUGGACGUCGAUAUUCGUGAGAGAAUUAGCGCAGAAACGGUCAGGUUGAAACACUUGGGGAGAACGCUUCGUUGCCACGAGUUGUACACGGUUUCUCGACGGACGAGAUCCACGGAACCGAUGCACGCAAGCUCGUUUCGAUCUCUUUGUUCGUGCAAAGGGUAGUGUAUCGCGGUGAUCACGGUGGUUCGAACGAAAUCCGUAUCGGCCGGUUGUUUCGUCCGGUCGCCGGAACCGAUCGGUCGAAUCGUUCGCGUAGGUCCUGCAACGCGUCGUCGGACAACUCGAUCCCCGUAACCGUAACGAGCUGUUACAUCGUUACAGCUGUACAAGUGGGGAGGGGGUGACACGGGGAAGAACGCGACCGACUACCUUCCCGCGGGGACAAUCUCGACCGAACGAGCACCAUGCGAGAACUAUUAUCUGUGGAAGAGCAAUCAGUUUGCGCGAAACCCGUUUCUCUUUAGAGCGGACACAUCGGACGUGCCGGCUCGGUAAAUAAUGAACCUCCGCAGUCAUUUAUCAAGCUCGCUACGAGGCCCACCAAUGCUCAAAGUAGUCUAGUCGAAGUAAAUGGAAGAGUGGAACGCGAGCCACGGACAGGUAGUAUCGCGCGCGCCACCGCUUCCUGCUGGAUUUCGUUAGAAAAACAGAAAAGAUAGAACCUUCGAACCCCUGUUGCCUGCUCUAUCUGUCGGUCUCGAUCGAUCGUUCCGUGAUCGCGUGGCGUUCGCUAAAAUGGAACGUUUACUGCUUUAAUUACGAACAAUCACGAGGAACAGGUCGUGACAAAAAGCCCUGUUUUCGACUUUCGUGUCUCCCCGAUUCUACGCGAUAAAAGAGAAGAAAAAGAGAAAAAGAAACGAGAAAAUAUCCGGUCGAUGUCGUGGUCGUUGUCUUCGAGGUGUUUGAGAUGCGAUCAGCGAUCGAGUCGUGUGACGGUGAACGGUGGAUUCGUUCCACGAGGAUUUAUCAACUCGGUAGAUAGCGGCGUAUGAGAGCUAACUUGGCUCCAUGAGAGUGAUUAUUCCCGACGAUCGCGGCAGAACGUUUAGCCUGUUUCGCGCACCAGUGUAGUUCGCGUUUUGUGAAUCAUGAGACGACGAAACAACGGUUGCUGUUGCCAGAACAGCAAGAGGGCCGGUCGUACCGGGUGCAACGAUUCGGAGGGAAACGAACCGCCCGGUUGGUGCAUUUACGCGACAGUCGCUUUGGUUGCCGUUGGUUGUUACCUGAACGCGUUAGGUGGUGAUUUCGUGCACGACGAUAUACCCGCUGUGGUGAGAAACAAGGACGUGCUCGGUCAAACACCGUGGACUAGUAUUUUGAAGGACGACUUCUGGGGGACCCCUAUGCACGAUAUCAACAGCCAUAAGAGCUACAGGCCUUUGACGACAUUCACGUUCCGGUUGAACUACUUGAUGUCGGGAUUAACGCCAAGCUGGUAUCACGCGACUAAUAUUGCCCUGCACGCCAUUGCAUGCGUUUUGGUCACAAGGGUGAGCCUAGCGGUGGCAUCACUGCGUCCAGGAUUUGCUGCCUUGACAGGCUUGCUGUUUGCUGCUCAUCCUGUACACACUGAAGCGGUGACUGGCAUCGUAGGGCGAGCAGACGUACUCGCUUGCAUCUUCUUCUUAUUGUCGUUUCUCGCUUACCAUGGGCAGCAGACGGCUUACGUGUGGAGCAGCGUGUGCUUGGGGGCGCUGUCGAUGCUUGCCAAGGAAACCGGCAUUACUGUUUUGCCUCUAAACCUUCUUUACGACCUUUGUCGCUCCUGGCAUUCAAUCAAGAGGUCUAUUUUCGAGGCCAGAUGGAACGACGACUCGAGACACUUUUCUCGUCGGGCUGCGGCGCUGCUUGUUUCGUUUGGUGUGCUGCUGGUGGUACGUCUGGCUCUUCUUCAUGGUACUCUGCCCAAGUUCUCGCCGCAGGAUAAUCCGGCAGCUUUUCAUCCCUGUUUCCACGUCAGAUUAUUGACAUUCUGCUAUCUGGCGGCUCUGAAUUGCUGGUUACUACUGUGCCCAGCAAUGCUGUCUCACGACUGGCAGAUGGGAUCUGUUCCUUUGGUCGCCUCAUUGGCGGAUACCAGAAACCUGGCCACCUGUCUAUUCUUCGGUGGUUGCUUGAUCCUAACUUACAAAGCCUUCACAGAUUUCGAGGUAAGCGCGCGAAUGACGAAUGAAAUUUGGCGGCGACUUGCAUAAAUCGAACGUAAGGUU